AUUAGCUUUAGCCACAAUUAGCUCUUGAGAACAACCAUGGCAUUUACGUUGUAUUCUCUAAUUCAAGCAGCCAUCCUGUGCAUUAACGCUGUGGCUGUGUUACACGAGGAAAGAUUUCUCAGUAAAAUUGGCUGGGGAGUGGACCAAAGUGUUGGAGGAUUUGGUGACGAACCAGGCAUCAAAACGCAGCUGAUGACCCUGAUCCGGUCUGUGAGGACAGUGAUGAGAGUGCCACUGAUAGGAGUGAACUCAGUCUGCAUCGUGCUGCUGCUCCUGUUUGGAUGAAGAGUGACUGAGGUCCGGUCAAACAAGCAGCCAGGACAUGUCCAUCUGCUCAGGAAGACCUGGGUCCAGAACCAGAAACACACACACAUCAGCCUCAACACGAAUGUCUUUCUAAGAGUUAAAAUCUGCUGAGCUGAAUUUAGUUUGAACUUUUUCCAAUCAAAUGUUAUUAGCUCAACAGGUUUUUACAUUUGACAUAUUUAUACUAGUUUUGACUGGUGAAAGAGUGAUUUGCUGGCAAAUGAUGUAAAUAAAUCCUG